ACGUGGUAUGUGGGGUUACUAAAAUCUCACGUGGCGUAGCGGGUAGUGGGCGCAAAUAUGGCCUCUGCCUCUCAACUCCUAGCUCAAAUCAACGGCAUUUCUUAUUCAGCUAAAUCCCAUCAUCAUCUCUCCUAAUCACUUUUCUUCCAUUCCAAUUCCCUAGAACCUUCUCCAAUCUCAACGCAAAAACUCCACUACAUAAUCAAAUCACAUUAAACAAAAAAUUGAGAAGUAGUUGAUAUAAUCAUUUGAACAAUGUGUUCACUACAAGUUCCAAAUUACAGAGUUUUCGAUCACUCUUCAGUUAAUUUUUCUAAGAAAUGUGUAAUGUACUCGUCAUUUUGGGGAGUGGAACUGUGCUUUACCGAUAGACUGUACAAAGCUAGUAUGGCGGUGAAUCGACGGGGAAAUCGGAGGGUUUAUGCGAUGUCUACAACUAGUGUUUCGCCGUUCAAGAUGAAUUUGAAUGAGUAUAUGGUUACACUUGAAAAACCGCUUGGUAUUCGCUUCGCGAUUUCUGUUGAUGGCAAAGUUUUUGUUCAUGCUCUUAAGAAAGGGGGAAAUGCCGAGAAAUCAAGAAUUAUAAUGGUUGGUGAUACAUUGAAAAAGGCAAGUGACUCUUCGGGCGGGGGGCUAAUAGAGAUCAAAGACUUCGGCGAUACAGAGAAGAUGAUGAAAGAGAACUCAGGGCCUUGUAGCCUGGUUCUUGAGAGACCAUUUUUCCCAUUUCCUAUCCACCAGCUAUAUCUUAUGAAUGAUAUUGAUAUUCAAUACAAUAGAGGUCGUGUUCCUGUUGCUACAUGGAACAAAAAUUUACUUGCCUCCAACUUGCGAACUCCUGCUGAGGGCAGUGGGAACUGCGGAUUUGUCGUAUUUUCCCCCAAGUUUCUAGCUUUAAAAGGAUGGGAGGUUCUAAGUGAUCAAUAUCAAACCAGGCAACAAGGAAACCUGAAUGGCACCCCUUCUUUACCAUUUAGCCCAAUUAUCAACAUAUUCUCUGAGAAAGACAUAGGAGAUACUGAAUGGGCACACGGGAGUUUCCCAUUGGAAGAAUAUGCGAAGGCGUUGGAUCGUUCAAAGGGAGAACUGUAUUACAAUCAUGAUCUUGGUAUCCAUUACAGCAAGAUUACGGAGCAAAUUUAUGUGGGAUCGUGCAUACAAAAGGAAGCUAAUGUAGAAAUGCUGUCAGAUGUUGUGGACAAAUUGGGGAUCACCGCUGUACUGAAUUUUCAGAGUGGGAUCGAGGCUGAAAAUUGGGGAAUUAAUGUCAACACAAUCAAUGAAUCAUGCCAAAGGUUUAACAUCCUUAUGAUCAACUAUCCCAUAAGGGAAGGUGAUUCAUUUGACAUGAGAAAGAAACUUCCGUUUUGCGUUGGUCUUCUUCUACGCCUAUUGAAAAAGAACCACAGAGUCUAUGUGACAUGUACAACUGGUUUUGAUAGAUCCCCUGCUUGUGUAAUAGCUUACCUUCACUGGAUGACAGAUACUUCCCUUCAUGCAGCCUAUAAUUUUGUUACUGGGUUGCAUUCAUGCAAGCCUGACAGACCAGCUAUUGCCUGGGCAACAUGGGAUCUCAUAGCGAUGGUGGAAACUGGUGCACAUGAUGGGCCUGCAACACAUGCAGUAACCUUUGUGUGGAACGGACACGAGGGGGAGGAUGUGUACUUGGUUGGAGAUUUUACAGGUAACUGGAAAGAACCAAUUAAGGCAGUCCACAAAGGUGGCCCAAGAUUUGAGGCUGAAGUUAGACUUUCACAGGGAAAGUACCUUUAUAAGUACAUUAUCAGUGGAGACUGGAGGCAUUCAACCUCUUCACCAACUGAAAGAGAUGAAAGUGGAAAUCUCAAUAAUGUAAUUGUUGUUGGUGAUGUUGCCAGUGUGAGGCCUACUGUUCAACAACAAAAGAAGGAUGCAAAUAUUAUGAAGGUCAUUGAGAGGCCAUUGACAGAAAAUGAACGCUUCAUGCUGGCAAAAGCUGCUCGCUGUGUUGCGUUCUCUAUCUGCCCAAUAAGGCUAGCACCGAAAAAAUAGAUGGACAUACUGCAUUUUCAGUCAUCAUAGUUGCAUGUCCAACUACGUAUUCUGCAAAAACGACUUCCAUAAAAAUGGUCGGUACAUGCCAGCUUAACAUGUCUGGGACACACCUAAAAGGAAGCCUAUCCCUCCCACGUGAAUUGAAGAGGGAGCUGUAUAUUGCCAUGCAAUUUCGAGGUCAAACAACUGCAAAGUUGUGCAACUGCAGGCGAGUUAUAAUGCUCAUGUUAUUGAAUUUAUGAGUCUAUUACCAACACGCAUAUUGUAUAUUUUACCACUGACUGAUUCCUUCAGCUAGAUAAUUUCCACUGUCGAAAAGCUCAGUCAAUCCUGUGUAAACAAACCAUUAACAUGAAAUAAUUCCACAUGAUAUGGAUAUGUAUCUAUGUUACAUACAUACACAUCACAUAAACACGUGCAUGUGUAAUUGCAAGUUCUACUA